UAGCUGAUCGUGUCUCUAAGUCAAGCUUGGAUAACGCGGGCAGUUACUACAAGUUCAUAUUUUAAAUAUUUUUAUUUUCGUCAUGAAACGGUUCCUUUGAAAAAAAAAACUUAUCGUCUUAAAUGGAGCGGAAAGCUUCUUUGUUUCCAGUGACAAGGCAUAAUAAGGCUGCAUCAAUCACAGCACUAACAGCCGUUGCACUUCAAGAUCACUGGACACGUGCUCUAGGUUUUGGAACAGCACCAGCACCAAGUUUUUCUGUGAGCACGCGUAAGAAAACUGUCCAACCAGUCGUUGAUACUGGAAGGGUAAAAUCGAAACCAAGUCAGUCUACAUCAUUGGAAAAGGAAUAUGUCCUUGACAAGAAGCCACCUCCUCUUACUCUGGCACAGAGAUUUGGUUUGGUACAAGGACCACCCAAACAUCUGUCAGAGGGUGAGUGGAGCAACGUCAAGGCUCUCUCAAAUGCUAGAGAUGAUUCAAAAGAACCAUGUGUUAUCUGCAAAGAGGAUUUUGGCUUACAGGAACAGGUUCUUCUUUCUUGCAGUCACGUUUUCCACAGAGCAUGCCUGCAAGCUUUUGAAAGGUACACAGGAAGAAAAACAUGCCCAAUGUGUCGACGGGAACAGUACCAGACACGUGUCAUACAUGAAGGGGCAAAACAACACAGAAUCAAGUGCACCACUGUGAUUCAAGCAGCAUGGAGGGGAUAUGUGGUCCGAUGCUGGUACAAAAAACUGAGAAAGACUGUGCCUCCAAAAGACCCAAAACUGCGGAAGAAGUUUUAUGCUGAUAAGUUGGAAGCCAUUACUGACCGCAUUGUGAAGUCGUGUGAUUUUGAUGUGAACCUAUUUUUAAAUGAGAUUGACAACAGUCUGCAAAGGAGUAGAGAUAUUUUCAAACACUUUGAUGAACUCCAUCGAUUUAUGUCAGAUGCAGACUGGGAUAUUAUACAACUAAAGGCUGCUGAGAGAGACAAUAAAGACUGCCCCAUUUGUCUUACCAGCCUGUGUAACACAUCUGAAAAUACACCCAGGGAGUUAACCUCUCCUUGUAAAGGUGACCACAAAGAGAAAAUUAUGCAUCAGAAGUCUGCUUCUGCUCACAAAAUUUCAGAACAAACAAAAUUUGGUCUCCCACAGCUGGUACCUCCCCAGGGUGGCAAAAACAGGAAUCAUGAAUCCAAAAGUACUGAACAGCAGAUGAAAAAAAGUGUAAAAUGUCGAAAAACAGUGCUUUUAUCCUGUACUCAUGUGUUUCAUGAAACUUGUCUUCUUACGCUUGAAGAACUUGCUCUGGGAGACAUUCGUAACAAAUGUCCCGUUUGUCGUGCAGUGUAUCAAAAACGUAUCAUUUCCCUCUGAAUAUUCCGUCUCAGGGAACUUCAGCAAAAGACAGAAUGAUUGUGCAUUAAAUUUGUUUAGAUACAAAUCAUUUGUGGACAAAGGGCUUCUGUCCCCAGCACAUGUGCACGUCCAAGUAAAUUUUAAACGAAAAUUUCAUUGGACAAACUUUGUUUGUGUCUUAGAAUUAGUCUAAGCCAGUGGUGCUCAACCUUUUCUCACCCAAGGGCCGCACUGGAGAUAUAAAAUCUCGCGGGCCAGAAUAUGGCGGUUUUGCCAGAAUCAUGACGCUAAAAAUGAAAUUAUGUUGUCUGGUUAAAAUCAGCAAGCCGCUUGAGGCACCUUCUCGGGCUGUAGAAUGGACACUCUUGGUCUAAGCUGUACUACUAUAAUUUUCUAUUUUUUGACCAUGAAUCAUAUCGUUUUUAUAUAUUUUGAGUUUUGAAAUUACAGCUUGUUCUCAUAGCUUACAAACAAGAUUAUGCUACACUUUUCCUUCAAGCUCUGCUUUAGCUGCCCAUUCAACCACAUGCCAGACUUCGAGUAGCCUUAGUUACCACACCCUUGCUGUUCUUGCCCUCCUGUUUCCAUGAGUUCUUCUUUGAAUUUCUAUUACUUUGUAGCGGGCACGAUUUUUGAGAGUUGGUGUGUGGGAGGUUCACUUCCUUUCUUUAUCACGUUGUACGACCCAAACACAAGUUCGUCAACCGAAUUCUUUAUUGGGAUGAGGUGAAGGG